AUGGCCACAAGGGAUCUGACAAUAGGAGUGAUCUUCUUAAUAAAGACUCUGGUUGGAAUUCUGGGGAACUUCUCUCUUCUUUACCAUUAUCUCCUCCUUGAUUUUACUGGGUAUAAGCCAAGGCCCACAGAUUUGAUUGUCAAAAACCUGAUUGUAGGCAACAUUUUGGUCCUGUUCUCUGUUGGAAUACACAAUACAAUGUUAUCCUUUGGGUGGUAUCACAUCCGCAGUGAUUUUGGAUGCAAAAUUUUCCCCUAUGUUCGUAGGGUGGGCAGGGGGGUGUCCAUUGGCACCACCUGCCUCCUGAGUGUCUUCCAGGCCAUCACUGUCAGGCCCAGGAACUCCAGAUGGGCAGCACUUAAAGGAAAAUCUCAUCCCAAGUGCAUUGUCGCUUCAAUUGUCUUGUGCUGGGUCUUGCAGAUAUUGGUAAAUGUCCUGUCUCCUUUGUUUAUGACUAUCACUUUGAACAAUGAAAACAUCACAAAUAGGAAAAGUUUUGGAUACUGUUCAAUUAUUCGUCAUGAGAAAAGCAGAGACUUGCUGUAUACAGCAUUGUUGUCAUUCCCUGAUGUGCUAUUUUUGGGGCUCAUGCUCUGGGCCAGCAGCUCCAUGGUCUUCUACCUGUACAGGCACAAGCAGCGGGUCCAACAUGUUCGUAGAACCAACAUCUCCACAUUGACCCCUGAGUCUACAGCCACCAAAACCAUCCUUCUCCUGGUGAGCACCUUUGUCUACUUUAACACCCUCUCCUCUAUCUUUCAUACUAUUUUGGGUCUUUUUGAUGAUCUCAGCUGGUACCUUUUGAACACCAGUUUGGUGCUUACUCUGUGUUUUCCAGUCCUCAGCCCCUUUCUGCUCAUGAGCCGUGACCCCAGGAUAUCCAUGGUCUGCUUUGCCUGGAUAAGGAAUAUAAAAUCCCCUCAUGUUAUGAGAAACAUGUAA